UGUGUCACUCACCAUCCAAGCAGGCGUUGCCUGGGGUGGAAAGUUUAAAAGAGAGCAUGUCCUGCUGUCCCUCAGCAGAUAAAUCAAUCAACAUGAUCCCCAUUGUGCUGGCCUCAGUGCUCAUUGCUAGCGCCCUUGGGUGCGGCACCCCAUCCAUCGAGCCCCUGACCUCCCGCGUGGUCAAUGGAGAGGAUGCCAAACCCCACAGCUGGCCCUGGCAGAUUUCUCUGCAGUACGAGAGGGAUGGCGAGUGGAGGCACACUUGCGGGGGAUCUCUUAUUGCUGCCAACUGGGUCAUGACUGCUGCUCACUGCAUCAACUCCAAGCUCUCCUACAGGGUGAUGGUGGGCAAACACAACCUGGUUGAGGAAGAGGUUGGCUCCAAGGCCAUCCUGCCUGAAAAUUUCUUUGUCAAUUCGAAGUGGAACCCCAUCUUUGUGGCCUUAGGAAACGACAUUGCCCUGAUUAAGUUGUCAGAGCCUGUGACUUUGAGUGAUCAUGUGCAAUUGGCGUGUAUUCCUCCUGCUGGUACUAUCCUGUCCAACCUCUACCCCUGCUACAUCACCGGCUGGGGCAGACUGUACACUGGAGGCCCCAUUGCUGAUAAUCUGCAGCAGGCUUUGAUGCCUGUGGCUGACCACGCCACCUGCUCCCAGCCUGACUGGUGGGGCAUCGCUCUGAGGACCACCAUGGUGUGUGCCGGUGGGGAUGGAAUCGUGGCUGGAUGCAACGGCGACUCUGGUGGCCCUCUGAACUGUAAAAACUCUGAAAAUGUCUGGGAGGUCCAUGGCAUUGCCAGCUUUGUGUCUGGCCUUGGUUGCAACUAUAAGAAGAAACCCACUGUCUUCACCAGAGUCUCUGCUUAUAAUGACUGGAUUGACAAGGUUAUGGUGAACCACUAAAGAAGAGGAUAUGCAAAUAAAAAUACCCUAAAACAA